GCCCCCACUGGGCCGGGGCCUGGUGGGUUGUCAGGAAGAGGCGUUGCAGGAAACCGGAGUGGGCCCCAGCCCCACUUUUCCAGCCCUGGGCAUUGGGAUGGACUCCUGCAUCAACCCCCUGAGGCAUGGGGGCGUCACUGGUACAGACCACGGACUUCUUUUACCCCUUGGUGGAAGAUCCCUACGUGAUGGGGCGCAUAGCUUGUGCCAACGUGCUGAGUAACCGCUACACCAUGGGCAUUACUGAGUGUGACAACAUGUUGAUGUCACUCAGCGUCAGCCAGAGUAUGAGUGAGGAGGAACGCAAAAAGGUAACGCCACUCAUGGUCAAAGGCUUUCGGGAUGCGGCUGAGGAAGGAAGGACUGCAGUGACUGGUGGGCAAACUGUGGUCAAUCCUUGGAUUAUAAUCGGUGGAGUUGCCACUGUGGUAUGCCAGCCAAAUGAAUUCAUAAUGCCCGAUAGCGCAGUGGCUGCAGAUGUGUUGGUGUUAACCAAACUGUUAGGAACCCAGGUUGCUGUCAAUGCCCACCAAUGGCUGGAUAAUCCUGAAAGAUGGAAUGAAGUAAAGAUGGUGAUCUCCAGAGAAGAGGUGGAGCUGGCGUAUCAGGAAGCCAUGUUCAAUAUGGCUACGCUCAACAGAACUGCUGCAGGUUUAAUGCACACAUUUAAUGCCCAUGUGGCCACAAAUAUCACAGGCUUUGGCAUUCUAGGACACUCCCAGAACCUUGUGAAACAACACAGAAACAAAGUGUCCUUUGUUAUUCAUCAUCUGCCAAUAAUUGCCAAGAUGGCUGCCAUCAGCAAGGCCAGUGGACGGUUUGGGCUUCUUCAAGGAACCUCAGCUGAAACCUCUGGAGGAUUACUGAUUUGUCUGCCUAGAGAACAGGCGGCUCACUUUUGUUCUGAAAUCAAAUCCUUCAAGUAUGGAGAGGGUCACCAAACAUGGAUCACCGGCAUUGUGGAAAAGGGAAACCGAACGGCCCGGAUUUUUGACAAGCUGUGA